UGAUAAGCCACCACGAGUUUCCGACGGUGUUGCAUCGCGUGUUGAACGUUUCGUCAACGACUCGUACGCGCGCACUUUCCGUGUCGCCGUUCGCUGUUCGUCAUCAAUUUACGACCGGUGUGGACAUUCGGAAAACCUACCUGCAGUUUGACGAUGGACGACGACGACGAUCGAAUCAGCGACUCGUCCGACGACGGCAAUCCCGGGACCAUUAUUGUUAGUGGACUUUUUGGUAUUGCCAAUGAAGAAAGUAUUACUGAUGAUUUUGGUACUUCAAAUUCAGAAUGCAGUGAUGAUAUUAUUAUGGAAGAAGUAGAUAACAAGGAAAUAAUACAUGAAGAAAAUAAUGACAAUGAUGCAAAAAAACCAGAUAAUGUGAACAGUAUUGCAUUAAAAGAAGAUCUCAAUGAAAAAAAAGAUGAACCAAUGGUAAGCACCGAAAAAAGUAGUUUUGGAAGUCAUAUUUUGGGCUCAAAAUCUACCAAUAUUGAUUCAGAAUCGCCAACUUCAUUUGCUGUUAUAUCUGAAAGUUUUGAAAAAUCAAGGCAGGAUAUUUCUUCAAAUAAAUCAGUUAUAUCAUCUGAAACAAACAAUGUUCAAGAGACCGAAUUGGAUUCUAAGUCUUCAGUAGUUGUAGCUAAACGCAAUUUACCAUCAACUCUCUCUUUGAUUUCUUCAAAUUAUCAAGACUCAAGUUCUGAAGAUUCAAGUAGUGAAGAUAGUUGUGUUUCCAAUUCUGACAAUGAAGGUAGCAUUAUUUCCGUUCCAUUUGUAAAAGAAGAAAAUGUAAGAACUAAAGGAGAACUAGACAUUUCUGAUUUGCCGCCUAUUGAAGAUUUAAAAAUAUCAGUUGAUGAAGAUAAAUGUCAACCAAUCGGUUGCAUAAAAAGUAUUGUUGACACUUUAGUUAUUGUUGAAGCAUUUUUAAACCAGCCGGCAUUAGAUAUUGAUUCAGUAUUAUUUGUGGAUCGUGGACAGCGGGCAUUGGGAAGAGUAUUUGAUGUUUUUGGUCCUGUUAAUAAACCUUUUUAUGCAGUCCGCUUCAACAAUUCUGACCAUAUCAAAAAAUUUGAUAUUAAUAUCAAAGAGCCAGUAUAUUGUGCUCCUCAGACAGAAUAUGCUAAUUUUGUUAUGGUAUCUCAACUUAUGAAAAUGAAAGGAAGCGAUGCUUCUUGGAGACAUAAUAAUGAACCACCCUGUGAAUAUCUCGAUUAUUCCGAUGAUGAAGCAGAACAGCAAGCUAAGAAAAUCCGUAAACAGAAAAAACUUAAUGCCAAACUCCAAGGAAAUAUUACCGAAAACGGAGAUAAACCACCUAAUCCUCCUAAUCGAAAUAUCAAAAAUAAACCUUCGGGUAGCAAUGCAGUUGAAAAUACUCCUCAACGCUCAACUACGAAGAACUCUAAUUGGGCGCAAAAACCAUAUAAUCCUCGUCCUCCCAACCCUCCUAACUUAAAUCGAGGCCCUAGAAAUUUUCCAACAUAUGCUCAGCAAUUGAGUUCCAUGGACUACAACCAUUCUUAUCGUCAACUACAACCAUAUAAUCCAUGGUAUUAUGAUCCAAUGUAUGCACCAAGACAUAGUUAUCCUUAUCCUCCACCACCUCCGCCUCCUUUUAUGACACCUGGAUAUGAUUAUCAAUUACAAAGACCUCCUAAUUCAUCAAAUAAUCCUGGUCGAUAUCCGUAUCCUGAUCAUAAUUUUAGAUGAAUUCUUUAUAAUUAAAAUUAUAAAUAUGUUAGGGGUACUUUUUUUUUUUUUUUUUUACCUUGUUU